UAAUUUUUAUUUUUCAGGUCCUCCUUCCCCUUUUUCACCUAAAUUUUAUAUUUUAAUAUGGUUUGCCAAAAGACUUUCACAUUAAACAACGGAAACACCAUUCCUGCUGUCGCAUUAGGUACAUGGCAAUCUGGUGAAGAACAAGAUGUCGUUUAUAAAGCUGUCAAAGCUGCCUUGGCCGCUGGUUACCGUCAUAUUGAUACCGCAAUGAUGUAUGGUAACGAAGCUGAAGUUGGCAGAGGUAUUCGUGAUGGUCUUAAGGAAAGUGGAUUGAAGCGUGAAGAUAUUUUUGUCACCACAAAGUUAGCCACUAUUCACGCCAGACCUUCUUAUGUUUCCAAAGGAUUUGAGGACUCUCUCGCUAAGUUAGAUAUUGGAUAUCUCGAUCUUUAUAUGAUGCAUUGGCCCGUCGCUAUGAACCCUGCUACAGGACAAUUGGUUCCUUUGAAGCCCGAUGGAUCUCGCGAUAUUGAUGAAGAGCUCGAUGGUAAGUUUGAAAUUACCUGGGCUGCUAUGGAGAAGUUGUUAGACACUGGUAAAGUGAAGAAUAUUGGUGUUGCAAACUUCGCUAUCCCUAACCUCGAACGUCUCUUGAAGACGGCUAAGGUUGUCCCUGCCGUUAACCAGAUUGAGCUUCAUCCUUAUUUGCCUCAAUUCAAGUUGGUUGAAUACUGUAAUUCCAAUGGUAUUCACUGCUCCGCAUACUCACCUUUGGGUUCCAGUCAAUCUACUUUACUCCAAGAUGAGACUCUUGCCAAAAUCGCUAAGGCUCAUGACAGAUCUAUUCCUCAAAUUUUAAUCUCUUGGGGUAUUACCCGUAGCAGUGUUUUACCCAAGAGCGUCAACCCUGAGCGUAUUCAAGCUAACAUCCAAACUGUUGAUUUGUCUGAGCAAGAAAUCAAGGAGAUUAAUGAUAUCUCUAAGACAACAACCAAGCGUUUUGUUAGACCUGCUUGGGGUAUUCCUGUCUUUGAUGAAGACUUCGAGUAAAUUUCUGUUCAAAAUACAUGUAAUAAUACCAAUAAAAUAAAAUAAAUUGACUUUUAAGUAUAGCUUAUGAUCUUUUUAUUUGAUUUCUACAAUUAUAACUAAA